UGGAGAUUUUCAUAGAAAUCCUGGAGGAUUUUCAAAAAUAGGAAGACUAUUGGAAAUUAUUAAUAGUAUCAGCUCCACUGAAGUAACUUACUGCCUUCUGAUAAUAGGGUAUCGCUUUCAAUGGACUCACGUGAAUGCCAUGACAAUAGUUUGAACAGAUCUCGACAACUGGACGUUCAUAAUUGAAUACUCGAUCAAACGGAAGAAUCAUUCACUGAACUUUUCAAAUUCAAUGAAUCUGUGGAAAUACGUGAUCAAAACUAUGGAAUAAAUCAGGAGAUGACGCACCAACGAGAUUAAUAUUUAUUUUCAAGAUUUUUUUUUAGAUGAAAGUUGUUUAGUGAAUUCAAUAAUCAAAUGAGAUUGACCGAGUGAUACUCGUCGAUAGGGAUUUUAGUGGUGAUUUAUUAUAUUUAUUGGAGCACAGAACCAAAUUAUAUUGUAGUACUGGAAGCAAAAUGUGUGAGAGAUUUUUCAAACAUGUGGAAGAAUGGAUUAAUGUGGGAAUAAGCUGGGGAGGUGAGGAUGGAGCUGUUUUUGAAUUUUCGAGGGACGACAGAGGACAGACUUAUUAACCCUGCGGCUAUAAAGGGUUGAAAGACAUGGAGAACGCGGGCUCUGGAGUUGUCCAGGUAUUCGUGGGCGAGUGGAGCCCCGAGUACGAAGCAUUGUCCAUAAAAGCAACAAAACAAACAACAUCAGCUGAAAUAGUGGAGUGCAUUAUUGAGAGACUGGGACUCGGUGAUGCCAAUCUCAUGAAUGGGUAUGAAUUGGCUGAGGUUGUGGGCAAUUCUGUGGGACAGGAGUGUAAGGAGAGGAGACUAGGGCCAUCAGAGUGUCCUGUUGCACUCAUGCUAUUGUGGCCAAAAAAUUCAGCACAGCAGGAGUACUACAGGUUUUAUCUCCGAAAAAAACAGCCAGAUUAUCUCUGGUCAGACAGUCGAUUUCCCAUGGAUCCACAGCUCCUGAAAGACUACUUCAAUCGUUUUCUGUACCAACCACGUGAUAAGGAAUACCCAGACCUUUGUCAGCUCCCUGAUUUGAAUGAGCAAACACUUCUGGAUAAUCUCCGAGCUCGUUUUUUGGCUGGUAACAUCUACACUUAUGUUGGAAGCAUUCUGAUAGCAGUGAAUCCCUUCAAAUUUUACCCAAUCUACAAUCCAAAAUAUGUUAAACUCUACCAAAAUCGUCGCUUAGGACCAGAUAUACCACCCCAUAUAUUUGCAAUAGCUGAUGCUGCUUAUCAUUCGAUGCUGAAAGAAAAGAAGAAUCAGUGCAUCGUGAUAAGCGGUGAGAGUGGUUCAGGCAAGACAGAGUCAACAAAUUUUUUGCUCCAUCAUCUGACAGCGCUCAGUCAAAAGGGCUCCCAUGGGAGUGGAGUUGAGCAGACAAUUCUCAGUGCUGGGCCAGUACUGGAGGCGUUUGGAAAUGCCAAGACAGCCCAUAACAACAACAGCAGCAGAUUUGGUAAAUUUAUUCAGGUGAAUUACAAGGAGAAUGGAAUGGUUCAUGGGGCUGUGGUGCAGAAGUAUCUCCUUGAAAAGUCGAGAAUAGUGUCACAGGGUAAAAAUGAGCGAAAUUACCACGUGUUCUACUAUCUUUUGGCUGGUGCUACUGACCAGGAGAGACAGGUGCUGCAUCUCGAGGCUCCAGAUCGUUACAAUUACCUCAACAAAAGUGGCUGCUAUGGUCUGGAGAAUAUUGAUGAACGCCACGAAUUCUCGNGGCUCAAGCAGUCCAUGGAGAUGGUGGGAUUUACACCGGAAAAACAGAGACGAUUAUUCGCUGUGUUAUCAGCUGUUUUACUCCUGGGAAAUGUGGAGUUUCAGCCAAGAAAGUCGUAUCAUCAUCACGAUGAAGCUGUGGGAGUGAAGAACCCAGAGGUUGUGGCGAUUAUUUCUGAGCUCCUGAGGGUCAAGCAGGAGACACUACUUGCUGCUCUGACUGCCAAAAGGGCGAGGGCCUCUGGGGAGACACUGGUGAUCAAUUAUCGGCUUCCUGAGGCCAUCGCUGCCAGAGAUGCAAUGGCCAAGUGCCUUUAUGGUGCUCUCUUCGAUUGGAUUGUUCUUCAGGUUAAUCAUGCCUUGUUAUCCAAGAAGGAUACACUCAGAGAUCAUCAGGGCCACAGCAUUGGGGUUCUUGAUAUCUUUGGAUUUGAGGAUUUCAAAACCUGCAACAGCUUCGAACAACUCUGCAUUAAUUAUGCCAAUGAACAGUUGCAGCAUUAUUUCAAUCAGCAUGUGUUUCAAUACGAGCAGAGGGAGUACAGAAAACAGGGUAUCAGGUGGACUGAUAUUGGAUACAGUGAUAACUCGGGAUGUCUCAAUCUUAUCGAGGGAAAGCCCAAUGGAUUGCUGUGUCUUCUGGAUGAUCAGUGCAAUUUUCCUGGUGCUACGAAUGAAACACUUCUACAGAAAUUCAAUUCGGUUCAUAAGGAGAAUCAAUUCUAUGAGACACCACAAAGAAGAGAAGCUGCUUUUGUGGUUAGACAUUAUGCUGGAGCUGUCAAAUAUCAGGCUGCCAAUAUGAGGGAGAAGAAUCUUGAUCUAAUGAGGCCGGAUGGAGUUGUUGGGGUACUGAAGAACUCGAGUUUGGCUUUUGUCAGGGAACUCGUUGGGGCUGAUCCUGUCGCGGUAUUCAGGUGGGCCAUUCUCAGAGCAUUCUUCAGGGCCCAUUUCGCUUUCCAGGAGGCAGGAAGGGCUCACCGACAUGGACGAGGUGAGGGGACAGGUUUCAUAGUUCAACCCUGUAGAAUCUCCCCUGAAUCCCAGGAUGAAAAAGCAAAAAAAAAGAAAAAUUGGCAAAGCAUGAUAGAAAUAUUUUCCAGCCCUCAAAAACAAAUUCGUCCGCCAAGUUAUCAGAAGCAGAGAAGUGUCUGUAUACCAUCAUCAACAUCAGCCACUGUCACAUUAUCACCACCACAAAUUGAAAACACGGAUAAUGUUAAUAACAACCGAUUAUCAUGGCCACAAUUUAGAAAUGUUAAUCAGACUCAACAACACAACACGACGAAUAUAUCUACGCCCAAGGGUUACGUAUUAAGAAUAAGGGAUGAGCAGCAAAAUAGUAAUUAUAGAUUCAGAAGGGAUACACACACGCCACUCGAGAGGGUCCUCCCUAAAGACGAGGCUAAUGUCAUGGAACGUGCCAAUCAGAUCGUCAUGAAAAACAAGUCAUUCCGUCCCCGAGAGCGAGGGAAGAAAGGCCUGAAGAAUCUGCAAACGGUGAAGACUCUGGCAGGUCGCACCCAGAGUUACGGCACAGGUCCAGGAAAGGCUCGUAAGCAACCGAUGACAGUUUCAGCUCAAUUUCAACAGAGUCUUCACAGCCUGAUGGACACCCUGAACCAAGCGAAUCCCUUCUUCAUUCGUUGUAUCAAAUCGAACAGUAACAAAAUUCCCAAUGAAUUUGACGAGGAGACAGUCCAGCGCCAACUCCGUUACACAGGAAUGCUGGAGACUGUGAGAAUCCGUCAGGCUGGCUUCAACGUUCGUCUGACGUACGAGGAAUUCAUCCAGCUUUACCGAAUGCUGUUGCCUCACGGUCUCCUGAGCUCUCAGAACGACGUACGCGACUUCCUCCUCACCCUCAACCUCAACAAGGACAAUUACCAGCUGGGGAAGACCAAAGUCUUCCUUAGAGAGUCUGAAAAAAUUAAACUCGACAUCGAACUCCACCAGCAAAUCAUCACGAGUAUCACGACUAUUCAGAAGUGGUUCAGGGCGUGUCUGGAGCGUCGAAAAUUCCUGAGAAUAAAAAAUGCUGUGGUAUUAAUCCAAUCAUUUUGGCGAAUGGUGAUGGCCCAGAGAAUGGCUCACACUCUGCGCACAAGAAUCGAUGCAGCUGUUCACAUCCAGUCGACUUGGAGGGGCUACAAACAGCAAACGUGGUUCAAGAAGUUGAGGAUCUCCCUGAUCUACUUCCAGGCGAGAAUCAGAGGGAAUCACUCGAGAAAGGCAUUCUUGGAGUUGAAAAAACGAAAGAGAGAAUACAGAGCUGAAUUGAGACUUGAGGAAGAUCCUCCUCUGCUGUCAAGACUGGAGAUUGGAAAUUUGGACACGAGUAUUUCGUGCUCAAAGCGAAAAAUCACAUCCAACAAACGUCUACUUAACUCCAGAACAGAGACUAAGACAGAUAUUCAGAUAUUCAGGGGUGAGGAGACGAGAAAAGGUAGUCUGGAGUCGCUGGCAUCAUUGAGGAGUUACGAGUCGCAGAUGAGUGUUGAUAGUGCUGAGAGUCACUUCUCACAGGAGAACUCCAAGCCAAUUCCCUCCGCGAGAACUAAAAGAACAGAGCAGACUGUCAUUCACAGUGUCAAUACAACGAGCAGAUGUUCACUGAUGAGCAAGAGAACAGACAGUUCAUCCACUGGUUUCAGUGAUGGCGAUACAGAUGGAGAGGCACCAAGUGCUGUCCACAGUGCUCCACCAAUUUUCAAUAGUCUUUCCUCCUCGAGUCUGACGUCAUUCAGCCCAAAGUACUCUGGGGCUAGUCCAAACACUCAGGCUGACCCUUGGAGACGAAGGGCUGAUUUUGAUUAUCAGGAUUCACCUAUCAAGUCCCUCAUAACUAGAUCACCCAAUAUAACUCAGUAUAAACAUCUGACUGAGAGUCUUCUAGAGCAGGCGAAAUUAGAGAGUCUCAAUGAGGCGACUAAUUUGAAUAUCAAGCUGGAGGCUAAUGACCGUUAUAACAAGAAUGAGUGUUUCAAUACGAGGGAAGUGAGGAGACUUUCAGAAUCUACUGGAUUUGAUCUGGGAUCGCCUCGUCAUCGUGAUACCAAGGAGUACAAUUAUCUGAAGCGUCAGAAUUCCGAGGGUGACACCUCCCUGAAGCUCGAUAUUUUAGAGAAAAUGAGGGAUGAGGAGAUGAAGUCCAGGGAGAAGGCAGAGCCUGAUGUGCCAGUGCGAAGUGCAAGGAGAAAUCGUCCAGGUAGAGAGAUGCAGUGUAGAUCAAUGGGCGAGUCUGUAGCGGAGAAUCAUCCACAAGAGGCGAGAAAUAUAUUCCUGGGGACGAUAAAGGAGUCAGAGCUCAAGGGGCCACAGAUAUGGGGAAAGAAGGAGGAUUUGGUUUCAUCGAGGACUGUGACGGAUUGGCCUGUGAAGUCCGAGGGAUCGUACAAGCCUCAGGCUGUGGGAAAGAGAGUUAGGUCUAAUGCUGUGACAACCCUGGAGCUCAGAAGGAGGAAUUCGGAUCCUGCUACCAAGAUUUCCGCCCUCGACGACAAGGCUGAUCCAUCGAAUGAUCUUAAAUUGGCACCUGGAAUGAAUUUACUCGAGUGGAAAGGCAAUAAUUUGUUUACCCUGGCUGGACACAGGUUCAGGAAAAUUGCAAGAUUUACCAAGGAUGAUGUGUGUGUUUGCUGUCAUGAGAAGAUGGAUGCAUUUGUCACUCAGGGAUACAAGUGCAAUGACUGCAAGCAGCUUUAUCAUGUCAAGUGCAUUCAGAAUGGAGGAGUGUUGAGAAUGCCCUGUCCCAUGGCGAAUACACCAAGCAGGAGGAAAAAUAGAAAACCCAUGAGGACACCUUAUGAGGCUGUCAAGCAGACUGUUCAGUCGAAAUUCAGUUUGACUGGCACUUCGGCUUUCUCUGACAGUACUGAUAAGAUUAUUUCUGAUGCUAAGGAGCUGGCUCUCAUGCAGGAGUUCAUCACCAAGAAGAUUUAUGCGAUGGAGGUCCAGGAGGAGGGAAAAAAACCGAGUGAGGUUGACAGGGUGUUUAAACAGGCACUCAGAAAGUUCAAGGAUGAUUUAGUUAUCACUUAUAGUCUAGCUAUUCAGCAGGGGGUCGAGGGAAAUAUAAAGUACACUGAUUUGAUAGCUAGUUUUUUGCACGUCAUGGAGACUGUCUGUAAGCAGGAGAACACCAGGGAGGAUUUUCCAGUAACUAUGGGGGUCAAUGCCUUCAGGGGAUUCAUGAAUGAGUUCAUGACGCUAGUCAAGACUGAGGCACCAGAGAAGGCCAGCAAGAGCAAGAGGAAGAAGGAGAAGAAGAGAAAGCAGGAGGAGCCCAUCAGACAUGGCAAUCAUAUGUUUCAGUUGACCAUUAUCAAUAUUCCAACUGCCUGUGAGGUCUGCACUUCUUUCUUCAUGUGGCCUAUUGAGAGAGGACUCGUUUGUCAGAAUUGUAAGCUCACUUGUCACAAGAAGUGCUAUUCAAGAGCUGUUGCUGAGUGUGGCAAGGAUGGCAUUAAUGAUAGCAAUUGCCGAAAGGUCUUCAAUGUGCCGCUUUAUAAACUCGAUUGUGGCGAUGGAAAAGUGCCACUUGUUGUCGAUAGGCUCAUCACUACUAUCGAGAUGCAUGGCCUGUAUACUGAGGGACUUUACAGAAAGAGUGGAGUCAGUUCAAAGGUGAGAGAACUGAAGAUGAAGAUGGACGAGGGCGACCUGGAGAAGGUUGACUUCGAGAAUUAUCAGGUACACGUCCUGGCAGCUGUUUUGAAGAGUUUCUUCAGGGACAUGCCAGAGCCACUGAUGACAUUCGAGUACUACGACGACUUCCUCCAUGCAGCAAAUCUCACUGAUCCCCACGACAGGGUGAGCACUCUCUUUGCAAUCCUCAAGAAACUCCCCAAGCCCAACUUUGAUCUGAUGGAGAGACUGAUCGUUCACCUGGCGAGAGUGGCCCUGCACGAGGUUGAUAACAGAAUGUCACCGUCAGCACUUGCUAUAGUCUUUGCCCCUAUUCAGAAGGAGAAGGCUCUGCUCACGUCGACCCUUCCAAGCUUGACGAGGGCCUCCUCUGAUGAUGAUCUGCUCCUAUCUGCUACGGAUCUUGAUGAUGGAAGUCUUGAUGACCUCUUGCCUACCUCUGCUGAUGCAUUAGCUCGAAAAAAGGCGAUCCAUCGACAGAGCUCGACCGAUAACUCCUUCCCCACCAUAAUUAAUGUUGAUGAGGAUAUGGUGAUGGUAUGACCUGUCAGAACCACUUAAAUGCUUCGUAAACUGAGUCAUCAACUGAACGGAUUGACACAUUCGGUUGUUGAUCGAAGUUCAGCUGAGCCUCGACGACUGGACAAGCUCUCUGGAGGGAAAGAAAGUCAUUGGAGAGUCAUCGGUUACGAAUAUCUUCUCGUUUGAUUGAAAUCGUUCGCUUGACUCCCCCAGGGAUCAUCAGGAUUGAAAGAACAUUGAUUUCCUCGUCGUCAGACAAAAUUAACGCAACAAUGUUCAUUAUUUAUUUGAAUCAUGACUUAACAAUAAUCACCGUAUUUCUUUUUUCUAA